AUGAAAGUGUUCAUUGAUUUGGAAGACAAAGCAGCGGAUAUAGGGCUAGGGGUUGAUGUUGGUUUUUGGGCACCUGCGCCUGUGCCUGAUAUUGUUGAAUUAGUGGCAGUACCAGUUGGUGUGG